AGUUUAGCAAAAGUCGCCGCCGUGGUUGUAUCGGGUCUCCCCUAAAAAAAAAACGCGCCGAGAGUCAUUUUACACACAAUUCCACAUAGGAAGAGGGAGUUUUAGUAUUCCGAAUACAUAUCAUCGAACAACGAGAGUGUAUUUAUAUAAAAUUUAGUUAUAACACAAAGUGAAUAAGGCUCUUUAAAUCCCCCAACAAUUAUGAUUGACUGACUACGUAAUGCGCCUAUGGUCCCCAAAGUAAUUGACUCCAAACGCAAGAGAGAAUUAUCUUUCAAUCCCCAAUAAAUGUCAUCAAUGUGAUUGCCGUACACUCCAUUGACAGUCAAUUUGCGCUUUAAUUGAGAAGUGAAGCACGCAGAGAGCACAAAAAGGGGGAGGGAAAGCAAUUGUUGUGGGGGUGUCCGUCGAAGAGGAAUAAAAAAAAGACCCGCCAAAAAUCCAGACAAAUUGUCGUCAAUAUGCUGAACGCGCCAAAAAGGAAGUCGAGGGAGGAAUUGAAUUAAUAUUUAGUAUCUGCCUGCCCCCCUUGGUCAUGAUAUCUUCUGUGAUUUUCUUAUAAAUAUUCAUCCUCCACUUUGCUUCCGUGCUCUUCACCUGGACAAUUUUAAAAGGGAAUAAAAAUAUAUAAAAAAAGGCAGCAAGAGUACCACUAAACUCAUCCUCUGGGCGAAGCAAUAACAUCAAAAGCCACACAAAUUGCUCGUGAAAUUUUCAUUUGGAUUUAGUAGUGGAAUUAAAAUAAAUUUAUGGAAAAAAUAUAUAACGAAGAAGCGAAUUGAAUGGGACGGAACGACGACAGUAUGAAAUUUUGAACAAUAUCGAACUGUAUAAUUGCUUUCCCCAAGUGGUGGGGGCUAUAGAAGAGGAAUUUAGUGUUGUGAUUUUGUGCAGAGUUUUUGGAGGAAAAACACCAUGAAACGGGCAAUUAUGACAACUUUUGCAGUUAUAUUUGCCACUGCAGUCAUCUUCGCGGAAGGAAAGCCGAGCCAAUCUACCGACACAAAAGUCGAAUACAACAAUGAACUCAACUUCCCGCGUUUUGCUGAACCCAUACCCAACAUCACCGUCUCCGUGGGCAGGGAUGCACUUCUGGCGUGCGUUGUGGAUAACCUAAAGGGCUACAAGGUGGCCUGGGUCCGGGUGGACACACAGACAAUUCUAUCUAUUCAUCACAAUGUCAUAACGCAAAAUCCCCGGAUUACGCUCUCGUACAACGAUCACAGAUCGUGGUAUUUGCAGAUAAAGGAAGUGGAAGAGAGCGACAGAGGAUGGUACAUGUGCCAAAUAAAUACAGACCCCAUGCGAUCGAGGAAGGGAUAUCUGCAAGUUGUUGUCCCACCAACGAUUCUGGAGCAAUACACGAGCAACGAUAUGGUCGUUAGGGAAGGCUCAAAUGUUACGCUAAAUUGCAAGGCGCGAGGCUACCCGGAGCCAUACAUCAUGUGGCGGCGCGAGGAUGGCGGCGAAAUGUCCAUCGGCGGUGAGAAUGUGGCUGUCGUUGAUGGAGAAGUGCUGUCGAUUGUGAAGGUGAGUCGCCUCCACAUGGCGGCUUAUUUAUGUGUUGCCUCCAAUGGAGUCCCGCCGUCAGUGAGUAAAAAAUUGGAGCUUCGUGUUCAAUUUCCCCCAAUGCUGUCCAUCCCAAAUCAACUCGAGGGCGCAUACACGGGUCAGGAUGUCACCCUUGAGUGCCACACUGAAGCCUAUCCGGCAUCGAUAAAUUACUGGACGACAGAUCGAGGAGAUAUGAUUAUAUCAGACACUUCACGUGCAGGAGACAAAUUCGAAACAUUGUCCAUCAGCAAUGGCUACAGCAAGUACAUGAAGUUGAAAAUUCGCAAUGUGGGACCCAAAGACUUUGGCUCCUACCGUUGUGUGGCAAAGAACUCACUCGGGGAAACAGAUGGUCUUAUAAAGCUCGAUGAAAUUCCCGCUCCAACAACUCCAAUGACAACGGAAGUAUAUCACUUGAAUCGGUCACGGACGAAGCAUCGGAAGAAGUAUGAUUUCGUAACUAUUGGCGACUAUGGAGUUGAAGAGUGGAGAGAUAACAAUGACUACAAUGGGGACCUUUCGCUACCAUCACGAGGGCCACCACCCAUCAGACAUCCACCAGGUGCAUACCUGAAUCGUUGCCAUCCACUCUCCUUCGCUCCAGCAUCAUCUCUCAUGAUCCUCGCCAUAAUUCUCCGUGCUGUGCGUUCUACACUCCAGAGAUGAGGACUCUUCGUACCAGAAGGGACUCCACUUCACUAAUUUCAUCACAUUCCGUGUACACCCAUCUUUACAUAAGAUGAGAAAAAUAAAAUGACGAGUCAAACUCAUUCUUCUACUACACCAUCUUCAAUGGCACAGUUUAGUUGAUGAAAAGAGAGAAAAUGAGGAAAAGAAGUAUGAGAAAAAAAACAUGAAACUCAAAUCGAAACUUAAUAUAAAUAUUCAUUGAUAAAUUGUGCUAACAUACAAAACAAAUCUUCGUUGAUAAACUCCAAAAAAAUCAUUUCUUUCUGCGGUGCUAAAGUGUAAUUAAUCAUAUACCGAAGUAAUGUAAUGAGAAAGAGAAAUAUUAAUUAAGGGUCUCUAAGAGAAUUUUUUUUCAAGAAUUUUCCGUUUUAUUCUUUUUCUACUCACUACUCCUUUUCACUAAAGGAAAAAAAAGAAAAGGAAAUUUAAUUAAUUUGAUACCAUUAUAUAGCUACCUAUACCUAUUUAUAUCGUCAAUUCGAGAGCCAUUUGUAUAAAUUUGUGAUUAACAUUCUAAAAUAGUCCAUGUUAGCUUCGUUUAGAGAUGAUGAUGAUGUACUUGUUAGACAGGCACAUGCUCAGAAAUUUAAUUUCAUCCCAAGAUGUCGUUUUGUUUGAUGAAGAGAAAAUUUUAACAGACUGUUAAUUGAAAGACACACACCCCCCCCAUAAAAUAGAGGAGAACAUUAAAAUCCAUAAUGAUGCUAAAUAGCAAAUUUUUCUUCCGGUAAAAAAAGUGAAAAAAAUGGAAAAUUUAUAUAGCUGUAAACACUUUAGGAAUAACAUUGAAAUCCUUAUAAAAAAAACUAUUUAAAUGCUUUGUAAAUUGUAAAUAAAUAAAUGAAGUAUAUAUUUAAGAAA